AUGACAACGGUAUGUACGCCAACAUCCACCGGGGCCCGUCCCCGUCGCCCGUCUACGACGUCCCCGAGCUCCCGCCGCGUGAAGCCGCUUCCGAAACGCAGACGCACCUCUGAAUCAUACACGCAUGCCCAUCUCGACCCCGGUGGCAGGACGUCCAGACGCACCUCUCCCAACGGCUCAGAAGGCGACUAUGUGGACCGCUUGCAGCAGCCGGGGAACAGGAAGACGCGGAAUGAGGACCAGCCUGCGCAGCGCGGGAUCUCCACGGGGCGUGAGCGGGAUACUGAGGGAGGCGUAGGGAAUGGAUGUGGUGGGGAUGGCGGGGCGGGGUUGCAACACAAGAUGCUGUUGCGAAGCCGGAAGCGGAAGCUCGCGCUGGUGCUCGGUGUGCUCGCGCUGGUGCUCGGUGUGCUCGCGCUGGUGCUCGGUGUGCUCGCGCUGGUGCUCGGUGUGCUCGCGCUGGUGCUCGGUGUGCUCGCGCUGGUGCUCGGUGUGCUCGCGCUCGAUCACGCGCUCUCCGCGAGCUACCCGUUCGUACAAACCGGAAUCGACUACCGGAGCGGCGCCCCGGCUAGGAUGCGCCUCUCGCAGCGACGAGAUGCGCGGAUCGCACGCGUAUUCCGCGCACACCAAGAUUCCUUGCUCUCCGAACAUGCUGACGGUGCGACGCCCAAGGCGACAAGGACACGGCCCUUGUGCCAGAGACGCCCCCCUUCUAGUUCAUGUUUCUAUACCACUGCGCGAUGCGAAGCCUCAGAUCGCCUAAUCGCCACGCAGGAGGAGGUUGUGAUCCUGCAUGGCCGCUUCGAGGAGGACCUCGCGCGACAGGCCGCCCGCGAAGCAGGCUGCCGGGGGCGCACUCAGCGUGCCGCUGCGAAGCGCACGGAUCGCACGAAGGCCGGCGGCGGGGAUGUACAGGGCGCGCUGGACGCGCCCGCGGCGGGGGCGAAGAAGGGCGGGAAGAAGAAGACGCGCGAUCCCACUGCGUCGCACGCGCAAGAAGGCCCUACAGCGGAGGGAGCACCACCGCCCCCGCCACCGGUGUCCACAGCGCUGGCGAACCCGGCGGACGAGUGGAUCAGUCCGUUCUUCGAGCACGAGAUGUCCUACGGGGACGAGCAGAACUACCACCGCGCGGUGCGGAACAGGAAGAAGAUCCUGAGGCGCGGACUGCGCGCGCGCGAGCGUGCUACUUCUGUUGCCAGCAGGGUCGCGGACAGACCUUCGAUGCCCCUGCGGCGGCGCCGUCGAAGGAGCCCGCGUCGUUUCCGGGGAAGACGGCGAGGUGGAAGGAGGGAGAUAGAGGGGCGCGGGGGGCGACGGCACGAGCGUGAUGGGAUCGCGCAUGCAUGCAGCGUGCUUGUUCGCCCCUGCACGGCUGCUGGGAGAGCGACAGUGUCCUCGCAGACCAACGUGUAUGCAGCGCAUGUCCCUGCGAAUUCCGCUGCGAAUUUGCGGAGACAGGAUUACUGCCCAGCGUUCGCCAGCCUGCGUCCUCCCAGCCCCAGCCAGCGACCUCCUCCCCAGCAUCGCGCGCCCACCCCCGCGCAGCACCACGCGCACCCGGAGAAGCAGAUUGACCCAGACGCGCAGCCAGCCGCGCGCGUGUAA